AUGGCUGCAACAGGUGAUGCUGAAAAUGUGGAGGUAGAAUCCGGGGAAUUGGAAAUUGAUCCAGAAGACCUGAAAGAGAAAGCGGAAACAAUAUGGGACUAUAUUGAGAAAUCGAAAGAACUUGUAAGCAAGGGAAAAGAAAAAAUAAAAAACCUCUGUUGCCCAUGUACACCAGCAGGUAUAUUCGGCACUAUAGCAGCAACGUUAGGCGUGACAGCCAUUAUAGGUACAAUCACUGCUGUAGUUUUUGUAACUGGUCAAGGCCGAGAAGAACAUGUAACAGUAAUAUAUACCCCGUUGACAUCAUUAUUCCUGACGACCCAACAGAUAAAUAGCACGCAGCCUGGAUCAACGUAUAUACAUACGACACCAACAACCAAUCACAUAGUGUCAACUACAUAUACAACAAAUAAAUUAAGUACUUCUGAUAUUAGUGUAACACAUAUACAUACCUUUGAGUCAAAGCCAGUUACACAUAUUGGUACAACAGAGCAUGAAUUACUCACAACCCAAAAUAUAGAUAUUACAUUACCUAUUGAAAAGACACACAAAUCAGCCAUACCUACAUCAAGUGGCCAGGUGGCAUCCACAACUCCCAUCUUUUAUCCACCAACAACUUCCAUAAUAACUACUCCAAAGAUCACAUUGCGGCCAACCUCACUCAAACAUGUUACACCAAUUACACCAUAUUUGACUACAUUGUCUGCCACGAUGCCAUCAACUACUCAACAUACAAGAGCGCCAUCUACCACAGCUCCGCCAACUGUACCACAGUCCACUAUGCCACCUAUAUCAAUGUCAUCUUCUAUUCUACAUUCAACAGGGUCAUCUACCUCAUCAUCACCAACUAUACCACAGUCGACUAUGUCACCUGCAUCAAAUCCAUCUACUAUUCCACAUACAACAGAAUCACCAACCAAAAUACCACCAACAAUACCACAGCCGACUAUGCCACCUACAUCAAUAGCAUCUCCAAUUCUACAUACAAUAGGAUCACCUAAUUCAGCACCACCAACUAUACCACAGUCGACUAUACCACCUACAUCAAUGGCAUCUACAAUUCUACAUACAACAGGGUCACCUACUACCGCACCACCAACUAUACCACAGUCGACUAUGACACCUACAUCAAUGGCAUCUACUAUUAUACAUACAACAGGGUCACCUACUACAGCACCACCAACUAAACCACAGUCGACUAUGCAACCUGCAUCAAUGGCAUCUACAAUUCUUCAUACAACAGGGUCACCUACUACCGCACCACCAACUAUACCACAGUCGACUAUGUCAGCUGCAUCAAAGCCAUCUACUAUUCCACAUACAACAGAAUCACCAACCAAAACACCACCAACUAUACCACAGUCGACUAUGUCACCUGCAUCAAAGCCAUCUACUAUUCCACAUACAACAGAAUCACCAACCAAAACACCACCAACUAUACCACAGUCGACUAUGCCAACUACAUCAAUGUCAUCUACUAUUCUACAUACAACAGGGUCACCUACUACAGCACCACCAACUAUACCACAGUCGACUAUGUCACAUACAUCAAUGGCAUCUACUAUUCUACAUACAACUGGGUCACCUACUACAGCACCACCAACUAAACCACAGUCGACUAUGCAACCUACAUCAAUGGCAUCUACAAUUCUUCAUACAACAGGGUCACCUACUACCGCACCAACAACUAUACCACAGUCGACUAUGUCAGCUGCAUCAAAGCCAUCUACUAUUCCACAUACAACAGAAUCACCAACCAAAACACCACCAACUAUACCACAGUCGACUAUGCCAACUACAUCAAUGCCAUCUACUAUUCUACAUACAACAGGGUCACCUACCACAGCACCACCAACAAUACAACAGUCGACUAUGCCACCUACAUCAAUAGCAUCUCCUAUUCUACUUACAACAGGGUCACCUACUACAGCACCACCAUCUAUACCACAGUCGACUAUGUCACCUACAUCAAUGCCAUCUACUAUUCUACAUACAACAGGGUCACCUACUACAGCACCAUCAACUAUACCACAGUCGACUAUGUCACAUACAUCAAUGCCAUCUACUAUUCUACAUACAACAGGGUCACCUACCACAGCACCAACAUCUAUACCACAGUCGACUAUGCCAACUACAUCAAUGCCAUCUACUAUUCUACAUACAACAGGGUCACCUACUACAGCACCACCAACUAUACCACAGUCGACUAUGCCACCUUCAUCAAUGCCAUCUACUAUUCUACAUACAACAGGGUCACCUACUACAGCACCACCAACUAUACCACAGUCGACUAUGCCACCUACAUCAAUGCCAUCUACAAUUCUACAUACAACUGGGUCACCUACUACAGCACCACCAACUAUACCACAGUCAACUAUGCAACCUAUAUCAAUGGCAUCUACAAUUCUACAUACAACCGGGUCACCUACUACAGCACCAACAACUAUACCACAGUCGACUAUGCAACCUACAUCAAUGUCAUCUACAAUUCUACAUACAACAGGGUCACGUACUACAGCACCAACAACUAUACCACAGUUGACUAUGCCAACUACAUUAAUGCCAUCUACUAUUCUACAUACAACAGGGUCACCUACUACAGCACCACCAACUAUACCACAGUCGACUAUGCCACCGACAUCAAUGCUAUCUACUAUUCUACAUACAACAGGGUCACCUACUACAGCACCACCAACUAUACCACAGUCGACUAUUCCACCUACAUCAUUGGCAUCAAGUACACCAUAUACAACAGGGCCACCUUUCAUUACACCAUCAACAGCACCACAAACAUCCGCACCACCAACCAUUUCAACUUCAGAAUUCUCAAGUGUACUGCCAACAACUCCUAAAACAACAGUAUCGCCUAUCACAACUGCAAUUACGAGAAUCUCUGCCACAACUGAAACACCAUGCUCUCCAGAUUGUGACGGCGUUUGCUCAUCGGCUAAUAUACCCCUAUGUCCCUGUAACGGAACUUCAUGUGAUUACGCACUCAUUGGGUGUUUCACUGAUACACAAAUACGUGCAAUUCCAACCCUUGAAGGAACUGAUCCGCGACUGGACGGACUAUACCAAUCACGCUUAAAUCCUAUUGAAAAAUGUGCGGCAGUGGCUCGAGAAUAA